AUGGCGGCCACAUAUUCCAAGAUCACGCGACCAGCAUUCCAACAUUCUGUUCGCAGUCUUGCUACAGUAUCACCAGUGCAAACUGCAACACGCAACCACAAAAUCGUCGUUAUUGGUGGCGGCUCGGCAGGCAUAUCUCUCUCACAUCAACUGCUCCGAAAAGGAAACUUCUCACAAGACGACAUUGCUAUUGUCGAUCCUGCGCAAUGGCACCAUUACCAGCCUGGAUGGACGCUCGUCGGAGGUGGUUUGAAGAAGAAGGAAGACCUACGCCGUCCGUUGAAGGAUCUCAUGGACCCUAAAUUCAAGUUUUACAAUACCUCUGUGGGAAGCUUCGCACCCGAGGAAAACUACAUUACCACCGGUACCGGAGAGAAGAUUGCAUACGAACAGUUGGUCGUUGUGCCUGGUAUUACGCUCGACUAUGGUAGUGUGAAGGGCUUGAAAGAGGCGUUGAACGAGAAGGAUGCCAUGGUGAGCACUAUCUACGACUACGAGUAUUGCGACAAGGCGUAUGAGAAUGUAAAGAAAUUCAAGAAGGGUGAUGCAGUCUUUACUCAACCAGCUGGUGUGGUAAAGUGUGCUGGAGCGCCGCAGAAGAUCAUGUGGCUUGCGUUGGACUACUGGAAGAAUGCUGGACUCUACCCGUCGGAUAUCAACAUUAGCUUUGCUACCGGUCUACCUUCCAUGUUCGGUGUGCCAAAAUACGCAGCAGCUUUGGAAAAACUCCGCGUAGAGCGCGGCGUGGACGGCCUCUUCCAACACGACCUAGCCUCCAUCUCCGGAAACACAGCAACAUUCAACGUUGCAAACUCUGAACCCAUCAAGAAGCACUUCGACUUCCUCCACGUCGCACCCAAGAAUGUGCCUUGGUCUUUUGUCAAAUCCAGCCCCUUGGCCAACGAGGCAGGCUACGUCUCCGUUUCUGACUCUACCACUCAACAUACCAAGUACCCCAACGUCUGGUCCAUCGGCGACGCAUCCUCUUUGCCUACUUCCAAGACCGUUGCUGCUAUCACCGCCGAAGCGCCGGUCUUGGUGUCUAACUUGCUUUCUGCGAUGGCCGACAAGCCGCUGGAAGCCAGCUAUGAUGGUUACACAUCUUGCCCGUUGCUUACUGGGCAGAAGGAAGUUAUGCUUGCUGAGUUCAAGUAUGGUGGUGUGCCCAAGGAGACCUUCAACAGUUUACUAGGUAUUGACCAGGGCGUUCCGAGGAAGGCUUUCUAUUGGUUAAAGAAGGACUUUUUCCCGUGGGUGUAUGGAAAGUAUCACGUCAAGGGUGAGUGGGCAGGACCAAAGGGACUGGCUAGAUGA